GCGUGAUACACAACUGUCCUGUUCCUUCUUCUCUCUGUAGGAGCGCUAAAGAAUUCAUCGUUCUUACAGUUCAGCACACUCAUCAGUCCCCCAAAUCUGCUUUCAUCAGCGCCGCAAAGAAGGCCAGGCUGAGAUCGAAUCCUGCAAAGGUCCGAUUUUCUGAGCAGGUGGCUGUUGGAGAAACAGACGCAAAAAUGAUGAAGAAAGAAGCUCUUCUCCUCAUCCCCAAUGUCCUGAAGGUCUUCUUAGAAAAUGGGCAGAUCAAAUCAUUCACUUUUGAUGGCCGGACUACUGUUAAGGAUGUGAUGGUAACAUUACAGGACCGUCUUUCCCUGAGGUACAUUGAGCACUUCGCUCUGGUCCUUGAGUAUGCUGGGCCGGAACAGAACCACAAGUUCCUGCUUCUCCAGGACAAGCAGCCCCUGGCUUAUGUGGUACAGCGGACACACUACCAAGGAAUGAAAUGCCUCUUCCGAAUAAGCUUCUUUCCCAAAGACCCCGUGGAACUGCUGCGUCGAGAUCCUGCUGCUUUCGAGUACCUGUACAUCCAGAGUCGGAACGAUGUUAUCCGCGAACGCUUUGGAAUGGACCCCAAGCCGGAGAUGCUUUUGGGCCUCACUGCCCUCCACAUCUAUAUCACGGUCUCAGCUACUCGGCCUAGUCAGAAGAUCUCGCUCAAGAAUGUGGAGAAGGAAUGGGGCCUGGAGCCCUUUCUUCCCCCCUCCCUCCUACAGGGCAUCAAAGAGAAGAACCUCCGGAAGUCUCUCUCUCAGCAACUGAAGGCCCACCAAACACAUCCUUCCAGCGGCACCAAGGGCUCUGCGAUUCAGGCAAAGCUCCAGUAUCUUCGAAUUCUGAACGAACUUCCGACCUUCACAGGCGUUUUAUUCAACACUGUGGGCCUGGAUGAGAAGCAGUCGGCCACCACUCUCCUGGUGGGACCCCGUCAUGGCAUCAGCCAUGUUAUUGACCUCAAAACCAACCUCACCACUGUGCUGUCCGAGUUCAGCAAGAUCAGUAAGAUCCAGCUGUUCCGGGAGAACCAGGGCGUGGCCCGGGUGGAGACCAGCAUCAUGGAUGCCAAGCCUCUGGUGCUGUUGAUGGAGUGGCCUGAAGCCACCAACUUUGCCUGCCUGAUUGCGGGGUACUGCCGUCUCCUGCUGGACUCCAGGAAGAUGGUCUUCUCUAGGCCGGCCAGCCGACCUCUUCCGCCUCCAAUGAUCAAGGCAGAUUACAUGCACAGUGCCCACCGCCCUGUCCCUGGGGGCCACCUGGGGAAAAAGGAGAGUAGUUAUGUGGGCAGCGUGGGCACCAGCCCCAGGAAGUCGAGCCGCAGCACACCCCCGCCUGCCGACUCUGAGCUUGUCAGCUUUUGCUACCUCCACAUGCGGGAACAAAGGAAGGAACAGGAAAGCCGGACUGAUGUCAACGAGAACUUAAUCUUCUUUGAGGAGACCAGGCCCCGGACCAAGUCUGACCCCACGUCCAAAAGCUCUGGCCAAGGUUACGACGUGAUCCCUGAUGACUUUGACGCAGCCAGCCUGGACCAUGAGCCUUGUGCCAGCAGGGCCCGGUCCUACACCUUGGACAAUUCCCUUGGGGCCGAAGCCCUGAAUUUCUACUGUGACUCUUGCAAAGCCAAACUUCAGGAGCAGCUGGGCCCUCGCAAAGGUGGGAGGCCCGGCUCUUCUCGUGACAAUAUGGUAGACUUGAUGUCCCUCCCACCCCCUGGGAGUGAGGAGGAGGAAGAGGAGGAAGAUGAGAGCACGUCGCUGUUGCCUGCCAUUGCUGCGCCCCCUCCUGGUUUCCGAGACAACAGUUCGGACGAGGAUGACCCCAAGCGCCGGGCGGUCCAGAGCCAGGAACAAGGACGCCACCUUCGUGGGCUCCUGUAUGAUGAGAUUCCAGUGACACUGAUCGACAGUGUGCAGACCCGGACAGUCCGAGAUCAUGCCCAGGAACUAGAUGAUGCCCUGGUGUCCACUCUGCAGGCUCUGGAAGCCCUGGCAGCCUCAGAGGAUGGACCCCACCCCCAACCCCCACAGACUGCAGGUCUGAUUGUACUGGCCACCAUCACCCCUGAAUCAUCGCUGGACUCGGGCCACGAAACCAACUCUUCAGAGCUCACAGACAUGUCAGAGAUGGUGUCCGCCAUGAAGCAGCACCAGAACACCACCUACUUCCUGGCCCAGCACCUCAACAAGGAGAGCCUCCUGGCUCGCAAGGACCUGCCCUUCCGGAUCCAGAGCUGCGCCGCCCAGGCUGUCCUCACGGCCCCUUACUCUCUUGGGCGCCCAGAUCCCAACCCAGCCCUGCAGCCAGCCGUCACAGGCCAGAGUCCUGGCCCCCCCGGCGCUCGGAGGAAGCUGCCCCCGUCAGAAUCCCAGCCACCUCAGAGAGAGCGAGCAUACGCCCUGGCUGUGCACCCAGCAUUGUCCCCGCAGCUUAGUGAGCAGAAGAAUCUGAGCCUGCUGUCCCCAGUUCCUGAGGACAAAGGGCCCGGCCAUGCGAGGGCAGGCCUGGAGAUGUCACUGAGGGCAGCCACACCAUCCCUCAGUGAAGAGCAGGUGUCUGAGCUAAGGGAGAACCUGCCCAAAGAAGUCAGGUUGAGCCCCAAGCUUAUCCUGGACCCGAAGGGCAGCGUGACUCCUGCUAUCAUCUCGGCCGCCCUCCAGCAGGUGGUUCACCCUAAGAGCCUACCUGCCCCCAGUGGGGCCAUAGUGACCCCUCCGAGCGGGGAGAGAAGGCUGGAGGCCAGCAUGGGGAGGCCUGAGGUCAGCAUGGGAAGAUCAGAAGUUAGCAUGAUGGGCGGCAGUGCAAAUAAGAAUCUGAAGUUCAAAAUGAGCCCCGGUGCUCCAGAGACCUCACGGAAUUCCCAGCAGCCGCUGAGCCCAGAGGUCUCUUCUGGCUCCAGAGCGCCCACAGGCAGCCGGGCUGACAGCCUGCACCUCUCCCCACAAGAGGACCGGCUGCCUGGGCAAAGUUUCCCUCCUAAAAGUUAUCUUUCACGAGCGAAUCGAGAGUCCCUGAGCAAGCAAUCCAUAGGGGAGGUAGUAGGCAAGGCCGGGCCAGAGGGGGCUAAGCCUGCCCUGCACAAGCCGGGCACCAUCUCCAGCCAGGGGGAGAAGGGGCAGCUGGAGAGUGUGCCCCAAAGCAGCAAGAUCGAGGAGACCAGCCUGGUGCCCCGAGCCAGCUACUCCAUGGCUCUCCCAAGCCCCAGCAGCCAGUCCCGAGGCCACAGUCCCAGCGGCCAGUCCCGAGGCCACAGCCCCAGCAGCCAGUCCCGAGGCCAGAGCCCCAGCUACCAACCUCGAGGCCAGAGCCCGCUGAGGCCCCAGGCUGCCAGUCGGCAGGUGAGCACCAUGCCCUCCAGGAAGCUUGAGACAACCCUGGAUGGAGGCCACUCGGCCUCCGAAGGCCCCACCAAGCCCAAAUCCUCCCGAGGGCCCUUCCGGCUCCGCAAUUUAUUCUCGGCCACCUUUCCAACCCGCCAGAAGAAGGAGACUGAUGAGCGGCAGGCCCAGCUGCAGAAGGUGAAGCAGUAUGAGCUAGAGUUCCUCGAGGAACUUCUGAAGCCUCCCAGCCAGGGGGAGCUGCCGGGCCCCGAGUACCUGCAGCCCCCCGCGCCCGGCCGCUGCAGCUGCCAACUGCGCAGCAGCCCCGUGCAGCAGGGGCCAGGCAUGUCACGGGAACAGAGGCGCAGCUGUGAUUGCAAGCGCAUCUGCCGCGGGGGCCGGCCGCAGGCCCCCCAGACGCCCGUGCCCGGGCUCCGGGGGCGGGAGAGGGACAGGGUCCCCCCUACCCAGAGGCAGCCGGAGGCCGGCCCAGGCCUGAGCCUCGGUAGCCCCACCAACGCGGGGCGCCUCCGCUCCACCAGCCUGGAAUCCCGGGAGUGCCGAUCGGACCCUGAGAGCGGCGUGUCCUGCCUGACCACGUGUGCCUCAGGGGGGGAGUGUCUGGGCGCUCCCAACUAUAGGAAGCUGAUGCGCCGCUACAGUAUCAGUGAACUGGACCAGGGCGACAGGGCCUCGCUGACCUCCGAUAUCUAUCCACACCCACCCCUGGGCAUGCUGCCCAGGGAGCCCAAGGAGGUAGAGGCAGGCCUCCCCCUAGGCUUGGGUCCCAAAACCAAGUCCCUGGAGUCGCCGACCCUGGGAGACCCCUCAUACGUCCAGGUUGCCCCCGAGACUAAAGGUCCCAGACAGAUGGCAGUGUUCUCGCUGCCGGAAGAGGUGUACCAGAAGCCCGCUGACCUGGACGAGGACAGCGAGAGCGGCAAAUGCUGCUCCAUCCGCUACUGCUUCUACUACCGCAAGUGCGACAUGGCGGAUGACACCAGUGACGGCAAGGACGAGCUCUCCUACUCCAUCCCCAUGAAGAUCCUGCCCGGCAUGAAGCUGGACGAGCAGGUGGUGCCCGUGGUGAGCAGGACCCUGCAGGUGCUGGAUGCCGCCACCUGCAGCAGCAGCAGCCCCGAGGCCUCCCGCACCCAGGAGAUCGACCUGCGUGUGUCCACCUUCGAGGGGAGCCUGGCCAAGAUCAAUGCCCUGCGGGCCCAUGCCUAUGGCCUGCCCGACGGCUUCCUGGCUGCCAGGCUGGACACCAAUGAGCUACUGACUGUCCUGCGCCAGUGCGUGGCCAGCCCUGAGGCCCGUGCACCUAAGCCCUAUGUCUCUCAGAUCUCCGAGUACAAGCUCGAGCUGGCUCUCAAGUUCAAGGAGCUCCGGGCUUCGUGCCGCCGCGUGGCCAACGUGGACAAGAGCCCGACGCAUAUGCUGGCGGCCAUCACGGGCAGCUUCCAGGUGCUGAGCAGCCUCAUUGAGACCUUCGUGCGGCUGGUGUUCAUUGUGCGCUCCGAGGCCCAGCGCCAAGAGCUGCUGGCCAAGGUCGAAGAGGUGGUGAGGAACUACACCUUUCUACUGCGCGCCGCUGAGGAGUCCACCACCCGGAACCUUAACCAGCAGCAGCAGCAGCAGCAGCAGCAGCAGCAGGCGGUGGCAGCUGUCAGCGCGGCCACUGGGCACCCCCCGGGCUCCCCAACUUCAGCGACUGUUAUGAGCACAUUCACCCGCUCCUUAAAAACCCUCAUCAAGUAGGGCACCCGCCCCGGCCUGCCCCCUUCCCCACCUCCCCCAACCACGGCCCCAGGUUUGAGCUUCGUGGUCUUUGCAUCUCGUGGUGAGUGUCCGUGUCUGCCCGGCCAGUCGGUGUCCACGGGCCUUCAGUCUUUGGGGAGUGAGAACUCCCCGGAUGAAGGCUGUUCCCUGAGGGCUCCGGGUGGCCACCAACCCUGGGCACCCUCGCCCCUUCCCCGGCCUCUGGUCGACACUGUGAGGGCCAAGGCCCCUCGUCACUGCGCCUGCCUGCCUGCCGCAGAGCUGGAUUUUUAUCUCUUCUUUAGGGCUGACAGGUGACAUCAGGCUCACCUUCCUGCUCCAUUCUGGGGGGCCAGGGGAGCCAGGGCUUGAAGCAGACAGGCCCACAGGCCUUGAGCUCCUCCUGGCAUCUGCUCCCCACCCCCCACGGAGCAGUAGCUGUAGCACCAGACACCAUGCCCAGCGGCGGGGUGGGGGGGUUACACCAAGGGCACUCCCCCCAGCUGUGCCCGCCCACCCUGGGCUCACACUCACGAGGCAGAAGCCACCCUAGAGGGCCUGGGCCCGGGGGGCAGGUCUGCAGAAAACAGCCACCACUCAGGGCUGUCGGUGGCCUGCCUCACAGGCUGGCAGCCUUGGGAGCCCUUGCCCCCCAGGCCCAGUAGCUCCACACCAGCCAUCCCCAAAGUGCCCUGUCCCUCGCUGAUGGGCAGGGUGGCUCAGUCCACUAGGGAGCAAGCAUCUGGGAUCACCCCACUCGUUCUGGGUUAGGUACCUGGUGAUAAACGUCUGCCCCGGGGAGACCCGGAGCAGGCCCCGGAGCCUGCCCGGCCCAGGCCAGCUCAGCCUGGCCCAGCCCAGCCCAGCGCCAGGGCUGACAUUCCAGGCGAGCGGUUCCUCUCUCAACAUCUACCAGACAGACUGUCCUUAGG